AUGGCUGGAUCAAAGCAAAUCCAUCUUGGGUUACUUGUUUUUACAUUUUUUCUUCUGUGCUGGAACCCGACACCCGUUAGAGCUGAACCUUCUGAGAAUGCAAUAGAAUUUGAAUAUAAGGCAGGGAGCAAGAAAGGGCCAGAGCACUGGGGAGAGCUUAAAAAAGAAUGGAAUACAUGCAAGGAUGGCAAAUCACAAUCACCAAUAGAUUUAAGGGAUGGGAUUGCCACCAAAGUAAACUCAAGUUUAGAGCAUUUUAAAGUCAGUUAUAAGCCUGCCGAAGCCAAGAUCGAGAACGAAGGUCCUGUAAUUGCGAUUGUGUGGGAAGGUGAUGCUGGAUCAAUUAGUAUCAAUGGCACAGAUUACAUCCUCAGACAAUGCCAUUGGCACUCACCCUCUGAGCAUUCCAUUAAUGGCAAAAGGUAUGAUUUGGAAUUGCACAUGGUUCACAGAGCCCAGAACAACAAUGUGGCUGUGGUUGGAUUCCUCUACAAAAUUGGUGAACCCAAUCCAUUUCUCUCUGAGGUGACAAAGGAGAUAGCAUCUAUGACUGAUGUGGAGAAGGAUGUACAACUGGGAGUGAUUGAUCCGAGGAAGAUGAAGGAGGCUCAGACGGGGUUACUUGUUUCAAAAUUUUACAGAUACAUGGGCUCAUUCACAACCCCUCCUUGCACUGAAGGAGUUACUUGGACCAUAAACGAACAGGUACUUUCUGUUUCAAAAUCACAAGUGACACUUCUUCAACAAGUCGUUUUCGACGGUGUGAACCGGGCGGCCGGAGCCGUGUGUGGUGGCCGGAGCCGUGUGGAGAAAAUAUGGAGAGUGGAGAGGGAGAAAAUAUGGAGAGUGGAGAGGGAGAAAGAGCUUUGGGAGCCUCGGGGCUAG